AUGUGUAGAGGGGUGAAGGGGGAACGAAGGAGCGAGGGUGACAUGUUGGAGCUUCAUGGAGGAAAUAGAUACUCAUGUCUUGAGAAUAGUCAUCAGCAUCUGAGUCGGGCACAACAUAGCGUUUCAUUCGCAAUUCUACAGGAAGCAUCCUGUCUCACAGGAACUAGGAAAGAUAUCAGACCCAAAUAUGAGAGACAGGAUAAAUAUCUCUUGGAUAGAAUUCAAUCAGUUUCAAAUAUACAAGAUACAUCAAGAAGACUUGAAGCUGAGUUGAUGGGUAAGAAUGCGAGGAUUGAUGAACUGGAAAAGCAAGUUCUGCUCUUCAAGAAUAAGUUCGUCUUGUUGGAGGCGAAUGCGAAGAGAGGGGCGGCGGACAGAGUGACAAAGUCAGGCCGGAGUACAGAGAGAGAUGGGUCUCUUUCUCGAGGAGGGGGUUUGCGUGCUCAAAGGGACCAAAAAUCAGAGGUUGAGUACCUGAAGAAUCAAAUCCUACAACAGGAGCAGCUGCAUAAGAUUGAGAUGGCUCAAGAGCGAGAUGUGUUUAAAAAGAACGAAGACUGUUAUAGAUCUAACUUGCUCCAAUUAAACUUAAGAAUAUCGGAGCAGAACACAUGUUUAGCAGAAUUAAACCGACAAUUUCAAGAUCUUGGGCGAACUGUCUUAAAAGAGAGAAAUGAAAAUAGGGCCAAUGAACGAGCUUGGUUAGAAGAAAAAACUAAACUCACAAGAAAACUAGAAUAUUUUGGAAAAUUCGGAAGUCCCCUAGUUCCUGGUUUGAUAAAUGGAGGAAAUUUGGAACAGAGGUCACAACAUAGGAAAUCAGGAGAAAAGGUUCUGGUUCGAGAGAUGACCAGACUUCAGACAGUGGUUCAAGAUAGGGAGGAAACUAUUCAACAAUUAAGAUCUGAGUUGAGUUUAUCUGGCGGAGAGUUGGAGGAAUUAAAGGUUAGAUUCCAGAAAACAGUUAAACAGGAGAGGGAGGAGAAGAGCAGGAAGGAGAAGGAGAUAAACCUUCUCAAGGAUAGGUUGAAUAAGCUGGAGAUAAGAAGAAAACGUGAGGCUUCAGGCUACCAGGCAGAUAUUCAGAAACUUAGGCUUGAUAUAACUGGUUUGGAAUCCAAUAUACUCAGCAUUAUCUCCAGUAAACACCAGGAAAAGGAAAAUCAGCGAAUUCUUGAAGACAUCAGACAAGAGGUCUCUAAGCCUGUAUCAAAGGUCAGGGAGUGGAGAUCAUGAACCUAAAUUAUAGAUAAAGAAGGUCAUGAACCUAAAUUAUUGAUGAAGAAGGUCAUGAACCUCUGUGAAAUAUAGAUAAAGAUUUAUUUAUAAAUUGACCUCUAAGCCAAUUAUGAAGAUCUCUACAAAGUAAAUUAAUGUCAGUAAUGAACUGUUAACUGCCGAAACAUAAAAAAAACACUUAUUGUUUUUGUUAAAGAGUGAUUAUAAUUUAGUUUUUUAUGAAUUUUAAAAAAUUUAUGUGACUUAACUUUGCUAGACUUUUUUAUUGUAAAUACAAGAUAUACUCUAAUCAAUACUUAAUUUAUAUUUUAUAGUUGAUUAUAACAGAUGAAGAGUUUUGAUUUGCAUAUUAAUUUAAAUAAUGACACCUUAUAUAUAUCUUACUAGCUGAAGUUCCCGGCCUUUCUCGUAAAAUUUUAAAAACAUGCAGAAAAGAUUAAUCAAAUUUUGAAGUGGCAAUAAAUCAAAUAUUGAUGAAAAAAAAUCGAAUUUUUAGACCUUGUUAACCCCUUGGUAACCCUGGGUUCUCUCAAAAUAAAUUAGCAAAGAGCUUUAUUAUAUGAUGUUAAUCAUGGUAUAUUUAAGUUUUAAUUUUAUUGUUUUCAUUUUAAUUGUUAAAAAUUCAAUCGAAAAUUCAUCAAUUAAUGAGCGCAGAAAAAUUUGCUAUAUGUUUACAAUGAUAUACUGUUUUAAUAUGAACGGAGAAUUGGAUUCUCCCAAGUCAAUGUCGUCUUUUGACGUACUUUGUAACUGUAUUUAACCGCUAUGUAUAUAGGUGUCGAAACAAAACCAAACUUUUUUUUGCUAGUUAAAAUUCUAACUGCAUUGUAAUUUCUUCCCUCUUUCUGGUUUGCUUGGACAACACUUUUUUAUUCUUCUCUCCUUUCACACUAUUUUACUCCAUUUUUAUUUCUCUUCCCAGUUUGGUCAAAUGCGAUAUCUGUGCCGCCCCCCCCCCCCCACCCCCUUCGAAGGGGGUUAGUAAAGAUAUUUACACCCCUGUAGGGUCGCUGCAAAACUGUUAAAUGAACUAAUCAUUAAAAAACUACAAUUAUUUAUUUUAUUAAAUGAUUAACUCUU